CAAGUUUGAGGUUGUGCAAAAGAAUGUCAUAAAUUUGAACACGCGCGUACGGAAUUUCACAAUCUGCGCAAUGAAACGUCAAAAAUGCUUGGAACAGCCACCCCCACCCUCUCAUCAACACUCUCAGGCGACAACCACCGCCGCAGCCAACACCAACACCAACACCAUAGACAACCUACCGGAAAAUCUAAUCCUCCAUAUCCUGUCCUUUCUCCCAACACAAGACGCAAUCACAACAAGUUUAGUGUCAAAAACAUGGUGCCGAUUAUGGACAUCAAUCCCCUCCCUAAACUUUUCUUUAAUCAAAUUCCGUCCUCACAAAACCCCUUCCGCCACUCGCAGACGCUUCUCCGGCUACAUCAACCGCACGCUCAUCUCCCGUGCACACUCCCCUCUCCGCACAUUCCGCCUGCGAUUCCUCUACAAAGAUCGGUUCAAAUCCGAUGUCGAUUCUUGGGUUCGUUACGCAGUUGAAAAUCAUGUGCAAGAAUUAGACUUUGGUUUCCUUAUUGGCCCAUCUUUACGUGAUAUGCAUGUCUAUACUUUUCCAUUUGAUGUUUUGCAUGGGCAAGUUAGGGUUUUGAGGUUGACUCUUUGCCACUUGAAUUUGCCUAGUGGUGUCAAUAAUUUUUCGAGUUUGAAUCUGAAGUCAGUUUAUCUUGAUGAAGUUCGUUUGAGUGAUCAAAUGUGUUCGGAUUUAAUUUGUGGGUGUUCUGGUUUAGAAGUUUUAGAGCUUUCUAAAUGUUAUGGUAUGGAUUGUUUGUACAUUUGUUCUAAGAGCUUGAAGGAAUUGGAUCUUAAGUAUUUUUCGCGUAAUGGCGAAGAAGUUGAUUUGGAGAUUGAUUGUCCUAAUCUUGUUAGGUUAAAUAUUUUCUGGGUCGAGGUUAAGAAAUGUUGUUUUAAGAAUUUGUUUAAUUUGGUUCAUUUUGGUUAUCAUAUUGGGCAUAGCAACUCUUUUUAUAGAUACUGGAGUAGGUUUUUCAGUUUGCUUGAUCAACUGCCGCAAAUCGAGAGUCUUGCAGUUCAAAAUUGGUGGCUUAAGUUUGUCCUAAAGGAAACUUUCUCGAAAGACUUCCUACUCUACAAUCUCAAGCACUUGGAGCUACAAACAUGUUAUACGCAGCAUGAUCUUCUUGGCAUGGAAGCUCUGCUUGAACUUGCUCCCAAUGUGGAGACAAUGAUCCUUGAUUCUUUACAUAAAAUCGAUGCAGAUGAGAGUUUGUCAGAAGAUCUGGCUAGCAAACCAAUUACUCUAAGCAUAUCAAAUCUCAAGGAAGUGAAGAUGAAACGAUUUAUAGGAACGGAAAAUGAAGCGUAUUUUUUGGCACUUUUAAAGAAGCAAGGAGUGGUAUUAGAGAAAAUCGUAAUGCAGAGUAGGGGCAUAAAUCUGCAGCAUUCAAUAGGUUGCAGUGCUGAAAAUUCAGGAUAGGAGACAUUCCCAACAUGGGGCUUCUAUAUGGGGUUUACGGUACAUUGGCGAGACGUGGGCGCUCGUGUCGGGGUGAUGUUUCAUUUCAUUUAGCUCCAAUGACAGCAAGACUAACUGGCUAUGCAAAUUGUUGAUGAUGAUCUUAUUUUGGUUUCUGUCUAAGCGUACAAUGUUUAGCAUGUUUUGGGUUCGGUUUUGCGUCUUAGUGUUUGUAUGUUGUAUACCAAGGGUGGAUAGAGGAUGUGUCACUGUAAAUGAAUCGAUAAUUUCUGUUUAUUUCCAGCUUA